ACCACCCCAAUUCAUCAGUUCAAAAAGAAAAGCGUACAAGUGCAAAUCUCUACACAAGUAGCGAAGAAAGUUCUCUCUAUACUUUACCAGUAUAAUAUUGGUGUUUUUUUUCAAAUUUUGUGAAAUUUUGAAUAAAGAAGUUAUUUAAAAGUUGUUUGCAGAAUAAAACAAAAAAUCAAGAUGCCUGAACAAGAAUGUGAGACUUUUGCUUUCCAAGCUGAAAUUGCUCAGCUUAUGUCCUUGAUCAUCAACACAUUCUACUCGAACAAAGAAAUCUUCCUUCGAGAAUUGAUUUCCAAUUCCUCUGAUGCUUUGGACAAAAUUCGUUAUGAAUCCUUAACUGACCCCACAAAACUAGACAGUGGCAAAGAUUUGCAAAUCAAAUUGAUUCCAAACAAGGCCGCCGGAACCUUAACCAUCAUCGAUACUGGUAUCGGUAUGACCAAAGCUGAUUUGGUCAAUAACUUGGGUACCAUUGCCAAAUCUGGUACCAAAGCUUUCAUGGAAGCUCUUCAAGCUGGUGCUGAUAUCAGCAUGAUUGGUCAAUUUGGUGUGGGUUUCUAUUCAGCUUACUUGGUUGCCGAUAAAGUCACAGUAACCUCAAAACACAACGAUGAUGAACAAUACGUUUGGGAAUCUGCUGCUGGUGGUUCGUUCACUGUUCGCCAAGAUAGCUCUGAACCUUUGGGACGUGGUACAAAGAUAGUUUUGUACAUCAAAGAGGAUCAGACUGAUUAUUUGGAAGAGAGCAAGAUCAAGGAGAUUGUUAACAAACAUUCCCAAUUUAUUGGCUAUCCAAUUAAGUUGCUUGUUGAGAAGGAACGUGAUCAGGAAGUAAGUGAUGAUGAAGCUGAGAAAGAUGAUGAAGAGAAGAAGAAGGAAAUGGAGACUGAUGAACCAAAGAUUGAAGAUGUUGGUGAAGAUGAGGAUGCUGACAAAGAUGCUGAUAAGAAAAAGAAGAAGACUGUUAAAGUUAAGUACACAGAAGAUGAAGAAUUGAACAAGACUAAGCCGAUUUGGACAAGGAAUCCAGAUGACAUCUCCCAGGAGGAGUAUGGCGAGUUUUACAAAUCUUUGACCAAUGAUUGGGAAGAUCAUUUGGCUGUGAAGCACUUUUCUGUUGAAGGUCAAUUGGAAUUCCGUGCUCUUCUCUUUAUUCCACGUCGUGUGCCAUUUGAUCUCUUUGAAAACCAAAAGAAGCGCAACAACAUCAAGUUAUACGUGCGCAGAGUAUUCAUCAUGGACAACUGCAACGAUCUCAUCCCAGAGUAUUUGAACUUCAUGAAGGGAGUUGUUGAUUCAGAGGAUCUGCCAUUGAACAUUUCUCGUGAAAUGCUCCAACAAAAUAAAGUACUCAAAGUUAUCCGCAAAAACUUGGUCAAGAAAUGCAUGGAGUUGUUUGAAGAGUUGAGCGAAGACAAGGAGAACUACAAGAAGUUCUAUGACCAAUUCAGCAAGAAUCUUAAAUUGGGUGUUCAUGAAGAUAGCAAUAACCGAGCCAAAAUUGCCGACUUUUUGCGAUUCCAUACUUCGGCAUCUGGGGAUGAUUACUGUUCAUUGGCUGAUUAUGUUAGUCGCAUGAAGGAGAACCAAAAGCAUGUUUACUUCAUUACUGGCGAGUCUAAGGAUCAAGUGAGCAACUCUGCCUUUGUUGAACGUGUCAAGAAACGUGGAUUUGAGGUUGUCUACAUGACUGAGCCAAUCGAUGAGUAUGUCAUUCAACACUUGAAGGAAUAUAAGGGCAAACAAUUGGUGUCGGUGACUAAGGAAGGUUUGGAAUUGCCAGAAGAUGAGGAGGAGAAGAAGAAGCGCGAAGAGGACAAGGCCAAGUUUGAGAAUUUGUGCAAGGUUAUGAAGUCGAUUUUGGACAACAAAGUUGAGAAGGUUGUCAUUUCAAAUCGUUUGGUUGAAUCUCCUUGCUGUAUUGUCACCUCUCAAUUUGGUUGGUCAGCCAAUAUGGAGCGUAUCAUGAAGGCUCAAGCCCUGCGUGAUUCAUCCACUAUGGGAUACAUGGCUGGCAAAAAACACUUGGAAAUUAAUCCAGAUCAUCCAAUCAUCGAAACUCUCCGCCAAAAAGCCGAUGCCGAUAAGAACGACAAAGCUGUUAAGGAUUUGGUCAUCUUACUUUUCGAAACAUCCCUGCUUUCAUCUGGUUUCUCAUUGGACAGCCCACAAGUUCAUGCUUCAAGAAUCUACCGUAUGAUUAAAUUGGGUCUCGGUCUUGAUGAAGAAGAACCAAUGGCGACUGAAGAUGUACAGAGUGCUGGUGAUGCUCCACCACUAGUCAAUGACAUAGAAGACGCUUCACACAUGGAGGAAGUCGAUUAAGAAGCUGAAACUGUUGAUAGUUUAUAGAAAACCAAGUAGUAAUUUAUUUAAACUAAAUUUUAAGAUACUUUAAACAAACUAAUUUUAACUAAAGGAUUCCAUUUUUGUUUAUUACCGCGUUAUAGCGGCACGGCGACGUCAUGUUAAUAUGGAGAAGUUUUUAUUUUUUUUCAGUUUAAAUAAAUUGAUUGAAGAUAGGGAUAUUUUUAUUUUUGUUUAUAUACUUUAGAGUUAUAACAAAUAAAAUAAAAAUAAAUGUUAAAAGAAAA